UUCCCAGGAGGACGCGCGCGAAGCGGCUUGGAAGUGGGCAGCCUGGAAGUCACUCGGGCCACCGGAGCUGGCGGCGUCUCCAGCGAGCGGCGCGGAGCCGGACGCCGCAGUCGUGGGGCCCGCGGGGCGGGCAGCCCAGACGCCAGAUGCACAGUCUCUGACGUCGGCUCUCCUGGGACCAUCCAAGAGUUCUAGUGUCUAGAAGGUACUAACGCAUGGCGGGGACAACUUCCUCGCCACCUCCGGCUGGCCAGCCCCUGCAACUGCUGCCUGCUCAGUGGUGCUGAGCCACUCGGUCUGGAGCCCCCAGGACAGCACCUGCUUCCUGAGGUUGUCCUGGCUCAGCUGUGCACAGCGAUGGUGGAGAACUGGACUCCACAGGCUCACAACCUUCCUGUCAGGUUUCAGGGCCCAGCAUCCUUCAUCCUGGGCCUGGCGGCCCUGAACAAUGGCUGAGGGGUGGGGAACCCUAUAGAGUGACACCACAUCGUACCGGGCCAGCAGCACUCCAGUGCCCGUGGACUAUGACCACCUAUCGGGCCAUCCCCAGCGAUGGUGUGGACCUGGCAGCCAGCUGUGGGGCCAGGGUGGGCGAUGUCCUCCCUGGGCCACACACAGGGGACUAUGCUCCCUUGGGAUUCUGGGCCCAGAAUGGCAGCAUGUCCCAGCCUCUUGGUGACAGCCCGGUCACCGCCACCGCCACCACCCGCCCCAGCCCCACCACCCCCGCAAUGCCGAAGAUGGGUGUACGCGCAAGGGUGGCCGACUGGCCGCCCAAGCGGGAGGCCCUGAGAGAGCAGAGCAACCCAAGCCCCUCACAGGACACAGAUGGCACAAAGGCCACCAAGAUGGCCCAUUCCAUGAGAAGCAUACAGAACGGACAGCCCGCCACCAGCACCCCAGCUUCCUCAGGGUCCAAAGCCUUCCACCGACUCUCCAGGAGAAGGUCCAAAGACGUGGAGUUCCAGGACGGGUGGCCCCGGUCCCCCGGCAGGGCCUUCCUCCCCCUUCGGCACCGCAGCAGCAGCGAGAUAACGCUCAGCGAGUGUGACGCGGAGGACGCGGGGGAGCCGCGCGGGGUCCGGCACACGGGGGCGCUGCCCCUCUUCCGCGAGUAUGGGAGCACCUCGUCCAUCGAUGUGCAGGGCAUGCCGGAGCAGAGCUUCUUCGACAUCCUCAACGAGUUCCGCAGCGAGCAGCCCGACGCCCGGGGCUGCCAGGCCCUCACCGAGCUCCUCCGGGCAGAUCCUGGCCCGCACCUCAUGGGGGGCGGAGGCGGAGCCAAGGAGGACUGCCACAACGGGCAGCCAGCCAAGGACAGCCUCCUGCCGCUGCAGCCCGCGAAGGAGAAGGAGAAGACCCGGAAGAAACCUGCGCGGGGCCUCAGCGGCGGGGACUCAGUGGACUCGUCCAUCUUUCGGAAGCUAAGGAGCAGCAAACCCGAGGGGGAGGCUGGGCGGUCCCCGGGGGAGGCCGACGAGGGCCGCAGCCCUCCGGAAGCCAGCAGGCCGUGGGUGUGUCAGAAGAGCUUCGCCCACUUCGACGUGCAGAGCAUGCUGUUCGAUCUCAACGAGGCGGCCGCCAACAGGGUGUCGGUGUCGCAGAGGCGGAACACCACCACGGGCGCCUCGGCCGCCUCCGCCGCCUCGGCCAUGGCCUCCCUCACGGCCUCGCGGGCCCACAGCCUCGGAGGCCUGGACCCGGCCUUCACCAGCACAGAGGACCUAAACUGCAAGGAGAACUUGGAGCAGGACCUCGGCGAUGACAACAGCAAUGACCUGCUGCUCAGCUGCCCACACUUCCGCAACGAGAUUGGGGGCGAGUGUGAGCGCAACGUGAGCUUCUCCCGGGCUUCCGUGGGCUCCCCGAGCAGCGGCGAGGGCCACCUGGCAGAGCCCUCCCUGAGCGCCUACCGCACCAACGCCAGCAUCUCAGUACUGGAAGUGCCCAAGGAGCAGCAGAGGACGCAGAGUCGGCCCCGGCAGUACAGCAUCGAGCAUGUGGACCUGGGCGCCCGCUACUACCAGGAUUUCUUCGUGGGCAAAGAACAUGCCAAUUACUUCGGCGUGGAUGAGAAACUGGGGCCAGUGGCUGUGAGCAUUAAGCGGGAGAAGCUGGAAGACCACAAGGAGCAUGGACCUCAGUACCAGUACAGGAUCAUCUUCCGGACCCGCGAGCUCAUCACCUUGCGGGGCUCCAUCCUGGAAGAUGCCACGCCCACAGCCACCAAGCAUGGGACCGGGCGGGGCUUGCCCUUGAAGGAUGCCCUGGAGUACGUCAUCCCCGAGCUCAACAUCCACUGCCUGCGGCUGGCCCUCAACACCCCCAAGGUGACGGAGCAACUGCUGAAGCUCGAUGAGCAAGGGCUCUGCCGGAAGCACAAGGUGGGCAUCCUCUAUUGCAAGGCCGGCCAGAGCUCCGAGGAGGAGAUGUACAACAACGAGGAGGCUGGCCCCGCCUUCGAGGAGUUCCUCUCCCUCAUCGGCGAGAAGGUCUGCCUGAAAGGCUUCACCAAGUACGCUGCCCAGCUGGACGUCAAGACCGACUCCACGGGAACCCACUCCCUCUACACGACGUACCAGGACUACGAGAUCAUGUUCCACGUCUCCACCCUGCUCCCUUACACCCCCAACAACAGGCAGCAGCUGCUACGGAAGAGGCACAUAGGGAACGACAUCGUGACGAUCAUCUUCCAGGAGCCUGGCGCGCUACCGUUCACCCCCAAGAACAUCCGCUCCCACUUCCAGCACGUCUUCAUCAUUGUCCGAGUCCACAACCCCUGCACUGAUAACGUCUGCUACAGUAUGGCUGUGACCCGAUCCAAAGACGCUCCUCCUUUCGGCCCCCCCAUCCCCAGUGGAACCACAUUCCGCAAAUCCGACGUCUUCAGAGACUUCUUGCUGGCCAAGGUGAUUAACGCUGAGAAUGCCGCGCACAAGUCCGACAAGUUCCACACCAUGGCCACCAGGACCCGCCAGGAGUAUCUCAAGGACCUGGCCGAAAACUGUGUCUCCAACACCCCCAUCGACUCCACUGGCAAAUUCAACCUCAUCUCCCUGACCUCCAAGAAGAAGGAAAAGACAAAAGCGCGGGCCGGCGCUGAGCAGCACAGCGCAGGGGCCAUCGCCUGGAGGGUGGCAGCCCAGGACUACGCCCAGGGGGUGGAAAUCGACUGCAUUUUGGGAAUUUCCAAUGAGUUUGUGGUGCUCCUGGACCUACGCACCAAGGAGGUGGUGUUCAACUGCUACUGCGGGGAUGUCAUUGGCUGGACUCCAGACUCCUCCACACUCAAAAUAUUCUAUGGACGAGGGGACCACAUCUUCCUACAGGCGACAGAGGGCUCUGUGGAGGACAUAAGGGAGAUCGUGCAGAGACUGAAGGUGAUGACCAAUGGCUGGGAGACGGUGGACAUGACGCUGCGGCGGAAUGGGCUCGGGCAGCUGGGCUUCCACGUGAAGUACGACGGCACGGUGGCCGAGGUCGAGGACUACGGGUUCGCCUGGCAGGCUGGCCUCCGGCAGGGCAGCCGACUGGUGGAGAUCUGCAAGGUGGCCGUGGUCACAUUGACCCACGACCAGAUGAUCGACCUGCUGCGCACCUCUGUCACCGUGAAGGUGGUCAUCAUCCCGCCUUUUGAGGACGGCACACCCCGGAGGGGUUGGCCGGAGACCUAUGACAUGAAUACCUCGGAGCCCAAGACGGAGCAGGAAAGCAUCACUCCUGGGGGCCGGCCCCCAUACCGCAGCAAUGCUCCCUGGCAGUGGAGCGGGCCCGCAUCCCAUAACUCUCUACCAGCCUCCAAGUGGGCCACUCCAACCACCCCUGGCCACGCCCAGUCCCUGAGCCGGCCCCCGAAGCAGACCCCCAUAGUCCCCUUCCGGGAGUCCCAGCCACUGCACAGCAAGAGGCCUGUCAGCUUCCCAGAAACCCCUUACACAGUAUCACCAGCAGGGGCCGACAGAGUCCCUCCCUACCGACAGCCUUCUGGGAGCUUCUCCACCCCCGGCUCGGCCACCUACGUGAGAUACAAGCCAUCCCCAGAAAGGUACACAGCUGCCCCACACCCCCUGCUAUCUCUUGAUCCCCACUUCAGCCACGAUGGGACGUCCAGCGGCGACUCGUCUUCCGGCGGCCUGACAAGCCAGGAGAGCACCAUGGAACGCCAGAAGCCAGAGCCUUUGUGGCAUGUGCCCGCCCAGAGCAGGCUCUCAGCCAUAGCCGGAAGCAGCGGGAACAAGCACCCGUCCAGGCAGGAUGCAGCAGGCAAAGAUUCCCCCAACAGGCAUUCCAAAGGAGAACCUCAGUACUCAAGUCAUUCCAGCAGCAACACCCUCUCUAGCAACGCAUCCAGCAGCCACAGUGACGACCGCUGGUUCGACCCCCUGGACCCCCUAGAGCCGGAGCAAGACCCCCUCUCUAAGGGUGGCUCCAGCGACAGUGGCAUCGACACCACCCUCUACACCUCCAGCCCCAGCUGCAUGUCCCUGGCCAAGGCUCCACGGCCCGCCAAGCCACACAAGCCCCCUGGAAGUAUGGGCCUUUGUGGCGGAGGUCGCGAGGCCGCCGGGAGGUCCCACCACACAGACAGGCGGCGGGAGGUCUCCCCUGCCCCCACAGUUGCUGGCCAAAGCAAGGGCUACCGACCGAAGCUGUACUCCUCCGGCUCCAGCACCCCCACGGGACUGGCAGGGGGCAGCCGAGACCCACCGAGGCAGCCCAGUGACAUGGGCUCGAGGGUUGGCUACCCCGCUCAGGUUUACAAAACUGCCAGUGCAGAGACUCCUCGGCCCUCCCAGCUGGCCCAGCCCAGCCCCUUCCAGCUCUCCGCCUCCGUCCCCAAGUCCUUCUUCUCCAAGCAGCCUGUGCGCAAUAAGCACCCAACAGGGUGGAAGAGAACGGAGGAGCCCCCACCACGGCCACUCCCCUUCAGUGACCCAAAGAAGCAGGUGGACACGAACACCAAAAACGUCUUUGGACAACCGAGGUUGAGGGCAUCCCUCCGAGACCUCCGGUCGCCACGUAAGAACUACAAAUCCACCAUCGAGGAUGACCUGAAGAAACUCAUCAUCAUGGACAACCUGGGGCCAGAGCAGGAGAGAGACGCAGGAGUACCCACCAUCUCAGCCUCGGAGCUCUCGCUGGCUGAUGGGCGGGACCGCCCCCUGCGGCGCCUGGACCCUGGGAUGAUGCCCCUGCCUGACACGGCUGCUGGCCUCGAGUGGUCCAGCCUGGUGAACGCAGCCAAGGCAUACGAAGUGCAAAGAGCCGUCUCACUCUUCUCUCUGAACGAUCCGGCCCUGAGCCCGGACAUCCCGCCUGCACACAGUCCUGUCCACAGCCACCUGAGCCUGGAGAGGGGACCCCCGACCCCCAGGACCACCCCUACCAUGAGUGAGGAGCCGCCCCUGGAUCUGACAGGCAAGGUGUACCAGCUGGAGGUGAUGCUGAAACAGCUGCACACUGACCUGCAGAAGGAGAAGCAGGACAAGGUGGUGCUCCAGUCAGAGGUGGCCAGCCUGCGGCAGAACAACCAGCGGCUGCAGGAGGAGUCGCAGGCCGCCAGCGAGCAGCUGCGCAAGUUUGCAGAGAUCUUCUGCAGGGAGAAGAAGGAGCUCUGAGGCGGGAGGGCCACCACCCGGCCUUUGCUCCUUCCCUGCAGGCCAUGGCGCUGCUCGCCUCUCUCCCUCCACUCGGCUCCCAGCUGCCCGUGUGACCAAGAUGACUCAGCCAGGGUCCUCCCCGUGGACACAGAAACCCCGAUGGCCUCACUAGGGCUGUGAGUCUGGGUCAGCGCACGGCCCUCAUGCCCGAGGGUAACGUGGUCUCAGGCCUCCCUCCGAGCUGCCCAGCUGUGGUCCCGGUGAGCUGGGCCGUGCUUACACCGCUUCCGGGCCUGUCCUGCUGUCCCCAUCUAGCCUCUUCCUGGGACCAGCCCUCUGAAGCUGAUGGGGACACAGAGAGGACCCAGUCCCCAGACCCCGCGGCUCCAGGAGGUCACAGAGCAGGUUUCUGCGCCAUGCACAACGACGUUGCGGCUUGUGGGGCCGAGGCCCCUGCAUGAAAAGUACAGCGUGAAAGCAACCCUUUCUUCCCCACAUCCGGAGAGGUGAGGCCCGCGUGGACACAGACCGGGGCGCCUCGGUCCCUGGCGCGUGAGCUCCAAAAAGCACGAACAUGAUCCCCCCCAACCCCCUCCUCCCAAACAGCUGCCAGGAGCACUUUCUUAGAGUUUAAAUUAUUUUCUUGGGGGCCUGAGGAUAGAGAGAGGCAAGGCCAGCCUCCAGAGCCGAUUUAUUUGAGAGAGAAACUCUAUUUGUACCUCCGGGACGGUUUAUAUGAUCUUUUUCUAUCAGCUCCUCUUCCACCAGAGGCCACUGCACCUGGGCUGGGGGUCCACAGGCCCCUCCACCUUCCAGCUAACCAGGUCAGGCCGGGGUGGUGGAGCCACCACACAGCCGACUCUCUCCUCCUCCCGGCACGACCUGGCCCUGACCAGCAGCCUCGGCUUCUUCUGGGCUCCAGGAGGGGCUCCCGAAGCCCUCAGUACAGGGCUGGAGGAGAACAGCCUUCACCUCCUCUGGUUUUUUUUUCCUUUGCAAGUCUCCCAGCCCAUCUCUCCGAGCAGCGACCACCAGACCCCCUCACCGUGCUCCCUGGGGAACACUGCCCCGCGAACCCCACUGGACGCUGGUUCUCUAAAGGCAAUAAGGGGCGGCCACGCCGGUGUGGUACCAUGCUGUUCACCCAGGAAACCGUUUCUUUUUUUCCUUCUUUAAAAACAAACAGAAAAAGAUAUAUAUAUAUAUAUAUUUAUUUUUUCAUGUAGAGUUGGCGCCAGAACAAGCCUAUAUGGCCACAGUCUGUGGAUUCACCCCCCAACCUCAAGCUGAGGACCAAGGCGUGUCCCCCGUGGGCUGGGGGUCAGUGGGAGGACCAGAGGGAGGAAGUCAGGGCAGGCAGGCAGGCCGGUGCCCUUUUUGGGAGGCACCAGGCGGGGAGGAGUUGGCAGAGCAGGUCUGGCCAUGAGCCAGCACCAGGCAACCCGGCCCUUGUCCAGGGACCCCUGCCACCUUCUGUCUGGGGUCAGGAACUUCAGGGAAGGGGGCUCCGGGGACUGCAUAGGACGCAGGCACUCAGGGAGGUGCCGGUGUGGAUGGGUGGGGGUGAGAGAAGAGGGUUCUCAUCGCGUCUCCUGUGAUCAGCCUCUGGCCCCCUGGAGGAGGAACCCUCAGCGCUGCCCCUGCCCCCACCCUCACCCCCCACACCGAGAGUGAGGUGGGCGUGCCCCAGGCAGCGUCCUCAGCCCUGGCCAGCUACUGUGAUGCCAUCUUCUCCCCCAUCCCCUUCUCUGGGGGGCCCUCCCAUCCCCCAUCCCCACCCCUUAGACCCUAAUCGGGCCCCUUUUGUUUUCUUCAGUUGUCUCCUCCCAUCUUCAGAUCAUUCGAAUCAUUUUGGGGACUUAAUCAUGUACAUGGACAAGUGUAAAUUAUGAUUUUUGGUUUUGUUUUGUGUUAUUUUUUAAGGAUUUCUGCAAAAACAGAUCUAUUUAAUUUGAGGUUGGUGUUCUAUCCGAUGGCUGAAGAUAGCAGCAGGUUUUGUUUUUUUUUUUCAUAUGUUGAUUUUUUCAUUUGGAUUUUUUAUUGUUAUUCUUUAUUGUCUUUUCUUUUCCCCCCAUCCCUGUCUUGAGAUUUUCUGGCAUGUUUCUGGAGGUUUCAAAGGAAAUAAACGUUUCAUAGAAAU